CCAACAGGCGGCGUAGCAAGCUCGGUGCUCCUUCUGGCCGGGAAGGCGCGCGAACGGGCGGGUGGCCUCUGCCUCAACCCGGUUAUGCCCCCUGCUCGAUGCGACUCUCGCUUUCAUAAGGAAGGCCGCGAAACAUCGCUCUGUCGCGGUUUGCCCGGCGGGAAGCUGGCCACGGAAGCGCCUUACUUUGCUUCGUCAUGGAGCGACUGUCAUUACAGCCGGGAGCCGCCGCAGCCAUAGACGAGUACCUGGAGUACAGGAGAAUUGUAGGUGAAGAUGAUGGAGGGAAACUCUUCACCCCUGAAGAAUAUGAAGAAUACAAGAAAAAAGUGUUACCAAUACGGUUGCAAAACAGAUUAUAUGUGAGCUGGAGGUCACCAACUGGGAUGGACUGUAAACUUGUGGGCCCAGAAACUCCAUGUUUUUGUACUCAUAGGUAUAAACAACAUAAGACAGACUUUGAAGUGAUUCCAAAAGAACGUCCUAUUUAUGUACCUUGUCGAGUGAGCCGAUGCCCUUGCAGAUCUUAUCACUUUGUCCCUCUUAAUGGUACUCAACCCAUCCGUUGUAGAUGUAAGCACUUUGCUGAUCAACAUAGUGCUGCACCUGGUUUUCCAUGUACCACAUGUUCCAAAUGUCCAGGUUUUCACAGUUGCUCUACUUGUGGAUGUGGUCAACCAACAUAUACUCAUGAAACAGUGGUCGAAACUAAAGAAGAGCGCUUAGCCCAAGGAAAACCAGUGGGGCAAGAUGUCCCUUUUGCUGCAAUGGGAGGACUAACUGGCUUUAGUUCCCUAGCAGAAGGCUACAUGAGACUUGAUGACAGUGGGAUAGGGUCACCUUCAGCUCAAUUCCUAGAAUCUCCUGUAGCCAACACAGACCAUCCUUUUUUAAGAGCAUUCCAAGGACAUUCUAGCUCCAUACAAACAAGCUCCCAACUAACAGAUGGCGGUGCUAGUUCAGCAAUGCAAGUUUCCAGUUUAAAAAGGACUGAAGAAGAUGACAUGGCUUACUUUGAAAGGCAAUAUCAGGAAAAGCUGAAAAAAGAGAAGACUGCAAAGAAGGGGAAAGGCCCAGUGCCAUCAAAGAAUUAAUGACAAUAAAUACAAGGGGAUUCUUAUUAGCUGCAUUUAUCAUCAUUUAGUGUUUUCUUUAAUGAUUACAGUAUGUUUGUAUUGUUAUGGAUUCUGCUGUAUUUAAUGCAGAUAAAUUAAAACUGAUAUGUGGCACUA